AUAAUCCAUAAGCUAGUGGGGCAUUUUAGGAAAUCUGUAUGACCCAGCUUCUGACCAUUCUGAGAAGAUUGACUUGUUCUACUCUUAUGAAUCUGAAUGCUGCUGCCAAAAACCUGAUACGUCUCUCACGGGCACAAAGGAAAGCAAACAUUCCUCUGAAGGAAGAGGGAUGGGAGUGUGAGAUGGAAAAGAAAGACCAGUUUGCCAUGAGGCCAUGGGGGCUCAGAAGCCGUUUCAACUUUAUCCUGGCUCUCUUCUUGGCACUUAUCAUCAUCCUUGCCAUCUUCGUCACCACGAAGGAUGGCAGCUGGCCUGAUAGCCUGAAGCCUGUGUUCAAGAGCUCAGCUGAGAAUUGUGACUUGUUCUCAGGCCGAUGGGUUUAUGACAACUCGACCUACCCCUUGUACUCGGAGAAGGGGUGCAAGUUCAUGUCAGACCAGUCGGCAUGCGAGAAGUUUGGAAGGACAAAUCUGAAGCAUCAAAAUUGGAGGUGGCAGCCACAUGGAUGCAACCUUCCAAGGUUCAAUGCCACAAGACUGCUGGAGAGGCUGAGGGACAAAAGAAUGGCCUUUGUUGGGGACUCCCUAAAUAGAAAUCAAUGGAUUUCUAUGAUUUGCCUCCUGGGCGCUACCAUACCUGACCCAUCUAAGACCAUGGAAACCAAUGGAUUUCGCAUGUCCUUCAGAGUCAAGGAAUUCAAUGCAACAGUUGAUUUCUACUGGACUCCAUUACUGGUGGAAUCGAACUCCGAUGAUCCGGUGCACCACCGGAUACCGGACAGGAUCGUAAGGGCACAGUCGAUCGAGAAGCAUGCAAGGCACUGGACUGAUGCUGAUAUACUGGUCUUCAACUCCUAUCUGUGGUGGAGGAGAGACACCAUGAAGGUGUUGUGGGGAUCAUUUGAGGACCAAGAUGGGAUCUAUAAAGAGAUCGAGGCUCGCCGCGCCUACGAGCUGGUACUGAAGACAUGGUCAGAAUGGCUUGAAUUCCAUGUCGACCAACGGAGAACCCAGAUGUUCUUCAUGAGCAUGUCGCCCACACAUUUUUGGGGUGAGGAAUGGGGCAUACCCAGCGAGCAGAACUGCUACAAUGAGACCGAGCCAAUCACCAAAGAUGGGCACCGGGGCAAUGGAUCUGAUGCUGAUAUGAUGAGAAUAGUUGAGGAAACAAUCAGGGGGCUGGGAGAUAGAGGUGUGAGUGUACAAAUACUCAACAUUACUCAACUGUCAGAGUACAGGAAAGAUGGCCACCCAUCGAUUUAUAGGAAGCAGUGGGAGCCAUUAACCAAAGAGCAGCUUGAGAACCCCAGUAGCUUCGCUGACUGCAUACACUGGUGCCUCCCUGGGGUGCCUGAUGUCUGGAAUGAGCUGCUAUAUGCCUACAUUUUUUCCAAGUAACAAUUUUUUUUUUUUUUUUUCUAAGAUACAUUCGGAUGAAAUGAUUUUUUUUGGAAAUCGCAUUAUCCAGAUGAUGAAAAGACCUAAAACCUUUUAAAAAUGUACAUUUCCCUUGAAA